UUGUCGACCGCGUGCGCUACGCGUCACCGUCCGUCUCGCGUAGGGCUCGAAUCCCGCCUCGCCGCCGUCGGGGGAGUAUUUUUGCUGAGCUGGGCCCGUGUUUACAUCCGGAGAACCCUCAGCGUGAGUCAUCCUGCCCCUUUUCAUCCUUUCCUCGCGAUCGCCCUCUCCGACACGAACGCGCGUGUUGCCAGUUAUUCGAAAUUUUCCAACACUUUCCCGUCGACGGCGAGAGGGAGAGGAAGAUAGAGAAAGGCAAAAAAGACGGACGGUCUCAUCCUCGUGCUUAUUGGACUUCCGCGCGGGAUCGAGGCGAUCGAAAUGAAGGUGACGGUGACAACGCUCAGCGACGACAGUGUCUUCGUCCUCGAUGUAAGUGAGGAACUGGAACUGGAGAAUUUCAAGGCAUUUUGCGAGAUCGAGAGUGGCGUGCCGGCCCACGAGAUCGUGAUCGCGUUUAACGGUCUACCGCUCAUGGACGAUAAGAAGUCACUGCGCGAUCAUGGGAUUCGCGACGGCGACGCUGUCAUCCUCCAGCAUAUGCAUCAAAGUGGCAGCGACCUGAACCUGCAGCCCUUCAACAGAGCCAUUCCGUUACUGGACUUCAGUUCCAUCAGAGUUCCUGGAGCCAGCAAUAAUCAGCGUCCAUCACCGAUUGCAAACAACAGAAUACAAAAUCCUCGCAGUGAGGAUGAUCCAGCUAUGAUAAAAAACAUGUUCCUAGCUAAUCCAGAUCAGUUGGCGUUGCUGAAGCAAAAUAAUCCCAGAUUAGCUGACGCUUUAUUGUCAGGAAAUCUUGAUAGAUUUUCGACUGUACUCAGAGAGCAGAUAGCCGCUCGAGAAGAACGGCAAGCGCAACGGUUGAGAAUGAUGAACGCUGAUCCUUUUGACACCGAAGCACAGCGACUAAUUGCUGAAGAGAUUAGGCAGAAGAAUAUCGAAGCGAAUAUGGAGGCCGCGAUGGAAUACAACCCAGAGACCUUUGGCACUGUCGUUAUGUUAUAUAUCAAUUGUAAAGUCAAUGGAUUUCCAGUUAAAGCAUUUAUUGAUUCAGGUGCACAAACCACUAUUAUGUCUGCUGCCUGUGCUGAGAGAUGCCACAUUAUGCGCUUGGUCGACACAAGAUGGGCUGGUGUUGCUAAAGGUGUCGGAGUACAACGUAUAAUCGGUCGUAUACAUAUGGUACAAAUACAGAUCGGCAACGACCAUUUGACAACAUCCUUCAGCGUCCUCGAGGAACAGCCCAUGGAUAUGUUAUUAGGUUUAGAUAUGCUCAAGAGACAUCAAUGUUGCAUAGACUUAAAGAAAAAUGUCUUGAAAAUCGGGACCACUGGCACUGAAACUCCAUUUUUGGCGGAAGGCGAUUUACCAGAAUGUGCGAGAUUGAGUGGAAACAGCGAUGAAUCUUUAGAUGAUAGAGAUCUCCAACGAGCUCUCGAGGAUAGUACAAGAGAUGCUAAGAAGCAGAGGCAGCAGCAUCACGACGGGCAAGGCAGUAGUAAUCAAGGGUCAAAUAGACCUCCUGCCUUAGAGACUACAAUCUAUCCGCAUGAUCCGUUCACGGAAUCCACAGUCAAGGAACUAGAAGCUAUGGGUUUUACCAGAGCACAAGUCAUUGCAGAAUUACGUCGAUUUAACGGAGAUAAAGCGCAGGCUAUUGCUGCGUUAUUCGCGAAAUCAUUAAAAUUUUAAAUGUUAAAAAUUGUCACGUGCAAUUCGAAUAUCCGAAUUAUCGAGAAAAAACAGAUAAGUAUAAAUAUAAAGCGAAAUUGUGAAUAUAUGAUAGGCAAUAAAGAUGGAGGGGACCCACAAUGUUCAAAGCAAUUUUUAAGUAUCGUCUAAGCGUUAUUGUCGAAAUAACUGUUUCUAAUAUAUUUCUAACUGCUAAGUCGAUUCUCCGUUCUAUGAAAUCAUUAAAAUCAAGUUAUCUUUCCUUAUAAUUUUCGCUUUUAUUCUAAUUGAGUAUACGUGUCAUUAGAAUAAAAACGUCAUUGUACGGGCUUUCUCUAUUACUCACUUUUAGUGAACAAAUAUAAAUAACAAAAGAGUAGCAUGAGGAACGUUGCUUUAUGAUUGCAACGAAUCAUAAAAAGAUAUCAUAAAACAGCUCUUUAAAAAUCUGACAAAUUGGUUAAUAAUUUUGAUAUUGGUGAUAUCGAAUCGAAUUUUUAUAGCUCAAAAACAAAUCGGUGAACAUUAAAAAAUAUUGAAGUCUGCGUAGUUUAAAAAAUGUUGUAAAAAUUGAAUGAUUCAAAGAUUUUGCAUAUAGGAGAUAAGAAGUUAUAUAUUUGAGAUACAGCUUUAUAUAUUUUUUUAUUAUGUACGCAUGUGCAUAUAACGCCUAAAUAUAAAUUGCAUUAUUUCCAAGUAGCAUAGUGAAGCUGA